CUCUCUGUGCGUCUGAGUGGCGCGCGCUCCCUCGUGCUCCCCUCGCCGCGUUUUGCGCACGGACUCUCCUUCACUUCCAGUUCCACAUCCACGCGCGUGUCCGCACACACAGUUUGCGCACCGCUGCUCUGCGGACUCUCUCCACUCUCUGUGGGUUUUUGUGACUCGCAGUCGUUGUUGUCGCGCGGAGCUCGGACUGAAGAGCAGUUUUGUUUUGUUUUGUUUUGUUUUGUUUGUUUGUUUUUUUUGGCUCAUGGAGGAUUUAGUGUCGUGACAUGUUUCCAGCAGCAGCAGCAGCAGAAUCAGCAGCAGCAGAAUCAGCAGCAGCAGCAGCCGGCGUCUCCACACAGACAUGGGACUCUGUGCAUUUACGGUCACAUGAAUGUCAGCGCUGCAGGCCAGAUGCCGGUGAUGGAGGAACUUGUCAGUGAGAGCGACAGCAUGCCAAAGCGGAUGGCUCUGAUCUGCUUCCUGUCUCUGGUCAUGCUGAUGAGCAUCCUGGGAAACCUGCUGGUCAUGGUGGCCGUGUGCAAGGACAGACAACUCAGGAAAAUCAAGACCAACUACUUCAUCGUGUCCCUGGCGUUUGCCGACCUGCUCGUGUCGGUGCUGGUGAUGCCGUUCGGCGCCAUCGAGCUCGUGCACCAGCACUGGAUCUACGGCGAGACGUUCUGUCUGGUCCGGACGUCGCUGGACGUCCUGCUGACCACGGCGUCCAUACUGCACCUGUGCUGCAUCGCCCUGGACAGGUACUACGCCAUCUGCUGCCAGCCGCUGGUUUACCGCAACAAGAUGACGCCAAUGCGAGUGGCUCUGAUGAUCGGAGGCUGCUGGGUCAUUCCCACCUUCAUCUCCUUCCUGCCCAUUAUGCAGGGCUGGAACAGCAUUGGCAUUGACCACCUGAUUGAGCAGCGGCGCCACAGUGAGGGCAGCAACUCCACGUCCUGUGUCUUCAUGGUCAACAAGCCAUACGCCCUCACCUGCUCCGUGGUGGCCUUCUACAUCCCGCUGGUCCUCAUGGUGCUGGCCUACCAGAGGAUCUACAUCACGGCACGGGCGCAUGCUCUGCAGAUCAGCAUGCUGCAGCGGGCGGGAGGGGCGGGGACCAGCGCGCCAGGCGCCUCCGGUGCCAACGCCGGCGUCGACUCCGCCGACCACCAACGCAAUCACCGGAUGCGGACUGAAACGAAGGCGGCAAAGACCCUGUGCAUCAUCAUGGGCUGCUUCUGCCUCUGCUGGGCGCCGUUCUUUGUUACCAACGUCGUGGACCCAUUUAUAGACUACACGGUGCCGGACAAACUGUGGGCCGCGUGCCUCUGGCUGGGCUACAUCAACUCCAUGCUCAACCCCAUCCUUUACGCCUUCCUCAACAAGUCCUUCCGCCGUGCCUUCCUCAUCAUCCUGUGCUGCGGGAGGAAGAGGUACCGCAGGCCGUCCAUCCUGGGGGCCGGCGCUCCCUGCACAGCCACACAGAUCAACGGGUCCACACAUGUGCUCAAGUAUUCUGUCCUUCACAACGGGAACCACGCGGUGCAGGAGGAGAAGAAGUCUCCGCUCACCGAGUCCUGCUUGUGACCAAACGACGACUCCUCAGUCACAUCUCCGCGCUCCGGCCACAGCAGACGACGGACGGAACCCGGGCCCCCGCGCGUCCAACGCCGACACUUCAACCACCUGCUGGGAUUCCAGGAGAUCCAGGAGAGGAACGUGACAUUUACAGCUGAAACUCAAACCUGUGGUCUCUGAAAGACAGGGUCAGGGACCGGAAACAAAAGCCAGUUUUCAGUCUGUUGCUGGUUCUGCUCGGUCAGACUGAAAACCGACCGUCCUCAGAGAACCUGCAGGAGUGUAGGAGAACUUCACGGCACGAGAUGUGAUUAAUGACCGUGUCUGGGAGUCGUGGGCUCGUGAAUUUUGUUGCCAAAGCUAUUUGAUAUAACACACGUGUACGUGAAGCUUUUUUGUUGUUGUUCUUUUCCAGCCAAAAAAAAAAAAAGAAGAAGAUGAACAACAGAGUUUAGAGGAUUGUUGAAAACAUUUGAGCUUUUAAAAGCAAGUGUUAUCAGAGAGUUUAGAACAACAUUUCUCCCUCACAUCACUGCGACGCACAGCCGGAGAACCUUUUAGUUCUUUUUUUUCUUCGUCUCCCAGGUCAAAUCUUUGCGGCUUUGUUAAAUCCUCACUAAGCUGAGAGGAAAAUGCGGCCGUGAAUCCUCCACCCAAACUGUCCAAGUGCAUUAUUACAGAGGCUGCUACUCCAUCUCAACACCACCAGUUCAUUAGUUCACGUUCAUAAGACAAACACGUCACACACGUGUGGGAAAAUGAACAGAUCUACAGACACUGUGAUGUGUGUGUGUGUGUGUGUGUGUGUGUUGAGACCAGAACCUCAUU